AAAAUCACUCUCUCGGCGGAAAAUGUCUUCAAGACCCCCCUUCGGCAUUGUCAAGCCGUCCAAACCAACAGGCAACCCUUCAAGCGGCUCCUCCGAGUUGGAUUCGACCGCCCAGCCACCACAAGAGCGCGGAACGGAUCUUCAAAGAGCAUCGUCGGGCUCUGACGUCCAUGGCCACCCUUCUCCCGGAUCACAGAGCCAUAACUUAACUUCUGCUCAGUCCGGAGGCCGCAAUGCUCAUAAGGAUCUUCACGAGCGCCAUGUCCAUCCUUCACAAGGAUAUCAACGUCAUGGAUCCAAGGCUCCAGCUCAUGGCCACCCUUCAAGCCAAGGAGCACGAAGGUCCCAACUCAAGUUGUCAAACUUCCCGAAACUUCUGGCCAACCUUAUGCAGGAUACAAAAGCCACGCAAGAUUUUAAUUCAAAAUACCACAGCGAUUUCAAAAAAUCAAAAAAUUCGCUGAUCACAGGGGAAUCUAUCUUCAAAUUUUCCCAUGGAAUAAUUAAUUUCUUCUUCGGGAGGACAUCUGCCAGUUGUGCAUCCAAUCAGGACACGCUACAACCGACUGCUUCCACUAUGUCGGACGGAGAGCCCGAAGAGGACAAGGUGAAGCUCUGUGGAAACCGCCUGGAAGUCGGAGUCACCGACAAUCUGGCCGGCACUCAGCGCCGCAAGGAACAACAACAGCUGCAAGGCGCUCAAGCCAAGAAGCAGCAGGCCCCACAGCGCGUUGUCAACCGCAAGGCCAACCAUCAAAAAUUAUCCAGGAAGCGUCGCUAUGCUCCGUACAAGGAUGAUGUCAUUGGAGCGCAUGGAUUCUUCAAUAAUAUGCGGUGAUCACCUCCACUCAUAUCUGUUGUCAAAUUGUAACCAUUUAUUGUUGUUGUUAUUCGGCCAUCCUUAACCCCUUUUAAGUGAUGAACUUGUUGUUAUCUCCCCUCAGGCCAUCCUUAACUGUAUGUUAUCGAGUUCCCAUCCUUUCGUUUCUACUUGUCUCACUCAACUUUCCUUUCAUUGCCCUCAAUUGCCCUCAAAACCUGUUGGAUUGUACACUCACUCCCACCCUGGGUGCAGUUGUAUCAAAAAUAAAAGUGUUUACACUUU